CGCGAGUCGAACUGAGUGAUCAGUGUCUGUAGGAUCUCCCGCGAAUAAAAUUCAAAUUACACGUGCUAGUACCAAUUAAUUUUAUCGUUACUUUAUUUAUAAAUUAGGAAUUUAUUAUUUAUUAAUUGUGAAUAUUGUUGUAAAAUGAUUAACGUGAGACUGGUGUUUGCAAGCAUAGCGUUGUUGGGCGCCGCAGGAGCUUUGUCAAUUGGCAGAGGCGAUGGCGACCAGUCGCAGGGUGAAAAGGACCAGAGCACAUUGAGACAAGUCACUUUGUUAAUGCGACACGGACAACGCGCACCGGUUGACACCUACCCGACAGACCCGCACAUUAAUUCUACCAUGGAUCCUUACGGAUGGGGACAGCUCACUGAUAAAGGACGCCUGGUAGCUUACAACGAAGGUUUGUUCCUUCGGGACCGAUACGGAGAAUUUUUGGGUGACGAUUAUUCGCCCGACAAGUUCUGGCUGCAAAGUACUUCCGCGGACCGAGCAAAGAUGACCGCGAUGAUAUUGUCAGCGGCGCUGUGGAAGCCCAACGAGAAGCAGAAGUUCAAAUCCGGGGUUGACUGGCAACCUGUUGUGCUUCAUUACUGGACCAGGCCUGAAGAUAAGCUGCUGAUUAUUUGGAACGCUUGUCCAAAAUUAACUGUUGAACGAGUCAAGGUCGAUCACGAUCCAGCUGUACGAGAAAUUAACAUGAAAAACCAGGAUAUGUAUGCUUAUGUCGCUGAAUAUUCUGGUUUGCCGAUAAAAAAUCCUGGAGACAUUGCUAACGUUUAUGGUACUUUAGUUUCUGAAGAAAAAAUGGGAAUGAAACUUCCUGAAUGGGUUCAUAAGUACUACCCGAGAAAAAUGUCGCCUUUGAUGGUCUUCAGUCUCUCGCAGAACGUGUGGAACGACAAGCUUCGUCGUCUAUCUGGCGGGCCAUUUGUCACGAAAAUGGUAAACAAGAUGGAGGACCGAUCUACCGGAAAACUGACGCCCAAGUCCCGGAAAAUGUACGCCUACGUAGCCCAUGACAACACGGUAGUUAAUAUGCUCUCUACAAUGGGUGUCUGGGAUGAAAUAGAACCCGGGUUCAACGCAAUGGUACUCGUGGAACUUCAUGAGAGCAACGGUCAGUGGUACGUUCAGUUGUUCUACCGCAACGCGCCUGAUUAUGAGACGCGGCCGCUCACUGUUCCUGGCUGCGAACAUCAAUGUCCUCUGGAGAAGUUCAAGGAACUAAUGUCGCCCAUGAUCAUCGAUAACUACGAAGAUGAGUGCAAAGUCGAUGAUCCGAAUUACGAAAUUCCCCCAGCUCCUCCAGCUUAAAAUUCCCCGAUUAUAAUGAUAAUAAUUGUUAUUGUCAUUAACUACGAACUUCUCUUAUCAAUUUGGAUUUUCAAAAUUUAUGCAGUUAAAGUAAUUAAAUUAUUUAUUUAUUUAUUGUAAUUAAUCUAAGGAUCAGUAAUGUAAUAAUAAAUUGGUUUAUAAAAUUAACCCAAAUAUUUCUUCUAAUCCGAAGAUAGUAUUUGGUAAGCUAGAGUACUGACGAAAUGAGGAAGAAGUUUUAAAUAAAAAUUAAAAAUUUCA